AUUCAGUCUUCAGAAUCUUCUUCCUUCAUCAUAGGAUCAGAGCAUUUCAUCUGGCCUGCUUAAAUCUAAGUCUUUAAAAGGACUAUGUUUUCUUCUUUCUCUCUGUUUUUCCUAAUAGUUGGAGCUUAUAUGACUUCUGAGUGUUUCAAUAUGGAAAUUAUUGGAGGAAAAGAAGUGUCACCUCAUUCCAGGCCAUUUAUGGCCUCCAUCCAGUAUGGCGGACAUCACAUUUGUGGAGGUGUUCUGAUCGAUCCCCAGUGGGUGCUAACAGCAGCCCACUGCCACUAUCGGUUUGCCAAAGGCCAGUCUCCCACUGUGGUUUUAGGUGCACACUCUCUCUCAAAGAAUGAAGCCUCCAAACAAACAUUUAAGAUUAAAAAAUUCAUACCAUUCUCAAGAUUUACAUCAAAUCUUCCAUCAAAUGAUAUCAUGCUGGUUAAGCUUCAAACAGCCGCAAAACUCAACAAGCAUGUCCAGCUGCUACACCCAAGCUCCAAAACCUCUCUUAGAUCUGGAACCAAAUGCCAGGUUACUGGCUGGGGAGCCACCGACCCAGAUUUAUUACGCCCUUCUGAUACCCUGAAAGAAGUCACUGUUACUGUCUUAAGUCGAAAACUUUGCAACAGCCAAAGUUAUUAUGACCACGACCCUUAUAUCACCCAAGACAUGGUCUGUGCAGGAGAUGCCAAAGGCCAGAAGGACUCCUGUAAGGGUGACUCAGGGGGCCCACUGAUCUGUAAAGGUGUCUUCCAUGCCAUAGUCUCUGGAGGUGAUCAAUGUGGUGUUGCCAAGAAGCCUGGAAUCUACACCCUGUUAACCAAGAAAUACCAGAAUUGGAUCAAAAGCAACCUUGCCCCAUCUCAUGCAAAUUAAGUUACAAAUGAUUUUCUUGGAUGCACUGGCUUCUUUUUUCCUAAUAUGCUCGCAGGUUAUAGUCGGACGUAGAUAAAGCAGAGCACAGAUGGGGUCCAUUUUUGCACCUGUAUUUUAUUAGGCAAUCAAGUUCUUUCUCACUUGUAUCACUCAUGUAUUUCUACCUUGCUGGUUUGAUUUUAAAUAAAAUUUAGAAGACUC